AACCGCUAUUGAAGAAGAGCUAGAAACCCUUUAUGAUGCUUAUUAUGAAGAGCUCGAAUUAUAUGCUAAUCAACAACAACAAUUCGGUUCGUCAACUGUCGAAUAUCGUAAUGACUCUGAACUUUUUAAUUUUGGUAAUAGCUUAACCGUGAAAGGAGGCAUUUUGACUGUAGCUGAUGACCUUUUAAAAAAUGAUGGAAAAAAGUUUCUUGAAAUGAUGGAACGACUUGCUGAACGUCGAAUGCAAAGAGAAGAAGAAGCUGCGAUGGAACAACGUGAUUACGAAGAGGAUGAUGACGAAUAUGAAGAAGACUAUGAAGACGAAGGAGAAGAGGAUACGCAAACAGAGGAACAACGUAUGGAAGAAGGCCGGCGGAUGUUCCAGAUAUUUGCAGCACGAAUGUUUGAACAAAGAGUACUAAAUGCAUACCGGGAAAAACAAAAAGAGGAAGAAAGAGCAAGGAAAGAAGCUGAGAGGCUUGCUGAAGAGCAAGCAUUACGUGCUGAGCGUGAGAAAAAAGCUGAAGAAGAACGUAAAAAACGUGAGGAAGCGUGUGAGGUCGCCAUCAUUAUUGCCGUUACUUCGGAUUAUGGC